GCAUUUUAAUCUGCCAGGGGGUGUUUCCAUCAAGUGGCCAUAUUGGGAGGAGAGAGAGAGAAAGAGAGAGAGAGAGUAAGCUCAAUAAAUGAAAGCAUACUGUCAGUGUCAGUACUAUCUACAUGGCUGCCACAGAUGUAAACAUAUAUCCUAGUGAGGAGAUGAGGACUCUCUCUCUCAACGGUCAUGUCGGUUUUGACAGUCUACCUGAUCAGCUGGUCAGCAAAUCAGUGAGCCAAGGAUUCAGCUUCAACAUUCUCUGCGUAGGUGAAACUGGGAUCGGCAAAUCUACUUUAAUGAGCACACUUUUUAACACAUCGUUUGAAAAUGAAGAGGCCAGCCACUUCCAGAACGAGGUGCAUUUACGACCCAGAACGUACAACCUACAGGAAAGCAAUGUGGAUUUGCAGCUGACCAUUGUAGACACAGUGGGAUUUGGCGACCAGGUUAAUAAAGAAGAAAGCUAUAAACCUAUUGUGGACUACAUUGAUGCCCAGUUUGAAAACUUCCUUGAAGAAGAGCUUAAAAUUAAACGUUCCCUUUACAACUAUCAUGAUUCACGAAUCCAUAUCUGCCUCUACUUUAUUGCUCCCACUGGACAUUCACUGAAAUCUCUGGACUUAGUUACCAUGAAGAAACUGGACAGUAAGGUAAAUAUUAUUCCCAUCAUUGCAAAGGCAGACACUAUUUCCAAAAGUGAGCUUCAAAAAUUUAAGAUCAAGAUCAUGAGUGAACUGGUCAGCAAUGGUGUUCAGAUCUACCAGUUCCCAACAGACGAUGAAGCUGUGGCUGAAAUAAACUCUUCUAUGAAUGCGCAUCUGCCUUUUGCUGUGAUUGGAAGCAGUGAAGAGGUUAAAAUUGGGAAUAAAAUGGUGCGAGCCAGACAGUAUCCAUGGGGAGUGGUACAGGUGGAGAAUGAGAGUCACUGUGACUUUGUAAAGCUGAGAGAGAUGUUAAUCCGUGUCAACAUGCUGGACCUGAGGGAACAGACCCACGCCAGACACUAUGAGCUGUACCGCCGCUGCAAACUGGAGGAGAUGGGCUUCAAAGACACUGACCCUGACAGCGAACCCUUCAGUCUGCAGGAGACAUACGUGGCCAAGAGGAGAGAAUUUAUCGGCGAGCUACAACUCAAGGAGGAGCAGAUGAGACAGAUGUUUGUCAACAAAGUGAAGGAGACAGAAGCAGAGCUAAAAGAAAAGGAGAGAGAGCUGCAUGAAAGAUUUGAGAUGCUGAAACGUACACAUCAGGAGGAGAAGAGGAACCUGGAGGAGAAGCGUAGAGAUUUAGAAGAGGAGAUGAACACCUUCAACAGGAGGAAAGUGGCUGCUGAAACCCUACAGUCUCUUCAAGGCUCCUCUGCCAUCAAAAAAGACAAAGAGAAGAAAACUUGAUUGCCGACCCAAGGAUGCAUCAGCAUCAGUAACUGCCCAGUAUCUAUGUGAUGAUCCACUGAUGUGCGCCUGAUUCUUCUGGGUUUACAUUUUUAUUAAAGGGAUAGUUCACCUAAAAUGUAAAUUCUGUCAUUAUUUAUUCACCCCCUAUAUCACUCCAAACCCAUCCUCUUUUGUGAAACAUGAGAUAUUUUUGUUCAUACAGUGAACGUCAACGGUAAUCAUAACUGUUUGGUUACCAAUAUUCUUUAAAAUAUAUUUUUGUGAUAAACAGAAGAAAAAAAAAAAAGGCAUACAGGUUUGGAACAACAGGAGGGUGAGUAAAUGAUGAGAGAAUUUUUGGUUCAGUUAACCUCUUUAAGAAAACCUGAAGCUCUGUUUAAUUUUGUCAUUAUCUUAUAUUAAUAAAGAACUUGACUGCUACCUGGACUGUUAACAUAUCAUUUAGAUUUUGUAUAUGAAUGUAUUUUCCUCUAAACAGUUUUACCAGAUUGCAAAGUACUGUACAAGAUUAAUUAUUUUAAUUAUUAACCAGCAUAAUGAUGAUAUUUUUAAAUGUUAAAUAUCUCUGCUGACAUCAUGGCUUACCUCUACUAUACAAAUGCAACUGUAUAUUUUUGAAGUUUAAAAUAAAAUAAAAAAUACUUUUA